AGAAAAACGGCCCCGACGGUGCAUUACCCCAAUAUUUCUUGAGGUAUUUGCAGGGUCGUUGCUUGUCAACUUGGCAACAUUCAAGCACUGCUAAUCAUUUCUUUAAACAAUUUUGCAAAAUUUUGAACCCAUUGAUACAUUCUCGUCUCGACCCCUGUCCUCGUUCUAAGAAUUUACAACAAACAAAAAGACAUCAAUCCCUUUUCACCUGUUGACCUCUGCAAGAAUCUCCCCCCCCCCUCUAUUCAUCUACACAACUUCAACCCAUUUUUCUAGUUUUGUAGAAGUGGUGUUCCCUUCUAGUACCGGAAGAGAGCAGCCACUUGCGUUGCGCGAGCGAGGAGAUCGCAGCAAAGUUGCACGUAACAGGGUCAGCAAGAGGUUCCUUGGAGGAACCAGUUUUGUAUACGAAGAAGGGUUCCCCUCUUGUGUCGGCCAAAGAAAGACUGACCAGCAUGUCGGCCUAUCUGCGCAGAUUCUGGUGCAGCAAAACCUCCGCGAAGGGCGAGGAUGAUGAGUGGACUUCUGCGGACAUCUCCGAUGACAGCGACUGGGAACAAAUUGACGACGAGCAAGUACAUUCUUUUGUAAAACGAUACGAUUAGAAGUUUCGCGUCCCUAUCGUGACGAGGCGCGAAUCUCAAGAUAGAAUUCCUGUUUAUCAUCUUCCGCGUGAAGUAGUUCCUACAGCUUACGACGACCUCUCGUCGAAAAAAUGGAAAAAAACAUUCUAAAGUCAUGAAGUCGUAAGAACACAAUCCAAAAAACAGGAACUGGUUUCCAGCGGCUCGGACAGCGAGAGCCCCUUGAAGAGACAGUCACCGGAGCCGAGCCGCCUGGUGAAGUCCGUCGCUGCGGUGGUGCUCACGGUGGUUGCCAGUUACUUCCUCGUGAUCGCGUUGUGCAUGGUGUCCUUUGUGCUGGAGUACCUGUUCGCCGCGCCCGCGGCGUCCCCCGUCGCCACCGGCAUCAACACGAAGCUCCACCAGCUGCAGCCCAUUGACCAGUCGUCCGGGUUCCGCCUGUUGGAUUACGAUUUGACGGCGUUCAACUCGUCCAUGAUUGUGGCGCGCACAACCCCCCGGGCGGCCCCGCUGGCCACCAGCGCCGCGGCCAUGUCGCCGGCGACCUGGAAGCAGUGGAAGCAGCAGCAGCCGAUCUACAAGAAGCCGCCCACCUCCUCGCUGCCCAAGAAGUUCCAGGCCUGGACCUACCGCGGCCAGAACCUCUCCGGAAUGAACUACAACGGCCACAGCGCCGUCCCGCAGAGCCGGUUCUUCAAGACUGCUCCGACUUCGUCGACCCCGAGUAUGAUGAGCAAGGUCGUCCCGGAGGGCCCGCUGCCGAACUCGAUUCUGGCCCCCUUUUCCUUCCCCACCAGCUCGGUGUUCGGCAACCCCCGGGCCAUGAACUUGUCGGAGGUGGUGCCCGCGAAGCAGUACUUUGGCCCGGUCGAAACGAAGAAGACCGACCGCGUGCGCGCGCUGGUCAAGGGCUUGCUCCUGCGCGUCCGCAAUCGUACCGAGGAAACCGCGGUAACGACUGCCAGGCCGCACAAGACCACGCCGGCCCCGGCAAAUGGACAGUUGGUCCUGGUAUUUAUUAUUCCAUGAUGAAAUAAGAAUAACUGCGGCGUUUUUUACUCGAUACUUCUACGCUUGUUACUUUUAACAGCAACUGAACAAGUUGGUAGAGCCCUUGGGUGAUUUACUUUAGUAGUGCCAUAGAAUUAUGCGCUGUUUUGUGACAAAAAAUUUUUUCCCACUCCAGGUUCCGCAGCAAGCAGAUGGGCACGCGUCCCAACGCCGGUCCGCCGCGAAGAACUUUGUCGGACCGGACUUCCUGGAUUUCCGCCUGCGGUCCGCGCUCCUGGACGCCUACGUGUCGAAGUUGACGCAGCCGAAGAUGUGGAACCACCGCCCGCAGCCCAUGACAACCUCGGUGCUGAACAUGUCAACGGUCGUCGGCUCUUCGCGAGCAGCAGCUUCCUCUACAACAACUCCGGUGCAAGAACUACAACUACCCCGUCGACCGCAGCGAAACCUGUUCACCGAGUCGGAUGACAUCCGCAACCGCAGCAAGUUGUCCUGGUCGCUGGUGCACCCCAAGCACUCCAUCUCCCAGGCCUUCGAGGCCAGCUCGCGCCUGUUCACCUCCAAGGCCUUCCCGGAGUUCAAAAUCCAGCGUCCCAUGAUCCAGGUGAGCACCAACGAGCAGGGCAAGGUCCAGGUGCAUCACCAAGUCUCCACGGCUGUGACCAAGCAGAGCGCCGACGCCGGCACCUACUACUACCCCAAGUUGCCCAACGUCCCCACACCGGCGAAAAACAGUCGCGCCCUCGUCCUGCGACAGGAAAUCCGCGACUUGAUGGAGGUAUAGUUGGGGCAAGCAUGGUGCUAGUUCCGGGGUGUGAGGGAUUUUUCUGUAUGCAGAAAGCGACUACUAUGCCAAAAGAGAAGCUUUUGCUUUUGCAUGUAUCUGGGUUAUACUUUUCCGUUUGCGCUGUUGACGGUGGAUAAUCUUAUCAGAGUACUUAUGUAAGACUAUGGAUUUGUUUGAUCAUGAAGAUCCACAAGAACACAUAAAAAUCUGGCAGAUCCGUCGCAAGAGCGUGUCGUUCGGGCAAAUGUGGAAGACGCACGAGCACCCCUUCGUGCCGAAGAUGCAGUUUAACGUGAACCAGCUGCACCCCCUGGUGACGCGGCAGUACCGCUUCGAGACGGGCGAGGAGCCGCGGUAUGACGUGUUGUCGGUCCGCGUGCCGGAGUCGGAGGAGCACGUGAAGGAGUCGCGUCGCGUGUUCAACAGUGAGGAGGACAGCACCUCCGACGACGACGAGGAGGACGAGGAUGCCCGCGAGAACUGGAUGGACAAGGAAUUCGAGACCCGGGUGACCGCCGUGCGCGAGAUCCAGGACCCCGUGUACGAGGCGAAGAAGGUUUUCGAGUCCCCGGCGCUGCAGGCCGCGGAGGACAAAUUUGGCCGCGCGAUGCUGCCCGAGGACGCCGCGAAAAUGUUCCUGUUCGUUGAGGUCAAGUCCCCCGACUUCCCCUUUCUGCUCUCCGGCUUCUCUCUCCGCACCAGCCGACCGGACUUGGUAUAAUAGUACUUUAUUUGCAGACGUUAAUAUUUUGAUCGGGUGCUGCUCUCUGCUCAUUGUGAUUCAUCCGUUGCGGUCUUUUUCAUCCGUUCCUUGACGUCAAAGGAAAAAAAUUUUGAUUCCAAAACAGUCCACCAAUUUCACCCUUCUCGUUGGCGAAGUGCACCACACGGUUGUGCGUUUGGACGGGGACCUGACCCCGAAGGAGCUGCAAAGUUUUGUGGACAACUUCCGCACCAUGAUCAUCGAGAAGCGCCACCGUCGCCAGGCGCUGGAGCCCACCCUGCCGGAGGUUCAUUCGCGGGGACUCAUCGCGGUGAACGACUUCUUGGACGAAAAGUCCGUGUGGGAGGUAAGAAGUACUAGAGGUCUUAUUUCCCCAACACAGCAGGACGCAUUGAAGAUGUUGCCACUUUUUUUAACUCGCUAAGAAUGUAAUAGCUGCUUAGAAAAGAACCAAAGUCCUCUCUGCGCUUCACGGGCAGGAGCACAGUAGAGUAGAUAACUUGAAACGAUACUUAUUUUUUUUUUGCAGAUGAUGAAUCGUCGUCCAAAAUAAACUAACAAGGUUUGCCCGUCAACUGAGGAGCUGUUCAAGGACGAGAUUCGCGACUUGAGCCGUGGCGCGUUCCUCCCGGGUGACUGUCUGCUUUGCCGCGGGUCCGAGCGUCUGCUGCCGCAGCCCCCGGAGGCGCCGCGCGCGGCGCGUCGCUGCAGCCGCAAGGUGAACUUCGUAGCGGGCAACAGCAUAUCAAAUGUAAAAAUGUCUGGGUCUGGAAGAAUGCCAGACUUGUCGUGCAGGUUUUCCAUGACCCAUGGGAUCUGGUAUAUUGGACAUAGCAUGACAGAUUCUGUGAGAGUUCUAUCAUGCCUAUCCUGCAUGAGAAACUCCCGACUUGGUCAAGCGUGGACAUCUUUUGGCAAUCAUGCAACACAGAUUCUUACAUGCUUCAGAUUUAGCAUGACAAGUUGUAUUCUUCCAGACCCAGACAUUUUUACAUUUGAUACAGCACGGACGCUAGCAACGUGGUAAUGCAGGUCGCGGAGCCGCCGAAGCAACGAAAUCUGGUAUCAAGAAGAAAAAAUCCCCCCUCCCCAUAUCAAAACGGAAAUCUGUGUUGCUGUAUUUGAGUACACAAAUGACAUUUGUCUUACAGUAAAGGACUGCACGCAGAUCGUAAGCCUAAGGGGGGGCCUCUUGGUGUAAGGGCCUGGCAUGGCAGACGUUUUCCCUGUAGGCCUUGCAGCAUUACAAAUCGCCUGCAUAUCGUCGCGAAGUCUCUGAGUUUGCCCUCUUGCAAGAGAGACAAGAUUCGUGGUCACAAAUCAGCAUCACAAAUUUUUAGAAACAUACCGUUUCAGUAUGGGGAGGGGGGAUUUUUCCUUUGGAUAUCUGGCCAAGGCCCGCGCGGCCUACCGCGAACUUCAGCGCACGGUCAAGCCGCUCAAAAAGCCGGAAAUCGCUGGUACUUCGGCUAUGAGAAUCUUGCUGUAUGAUCUCCACGGGGGCUGGGUGUAACCAUGACCACGAGAUUUUCUGAUUCAGUUUGUUGCUGUGAUGACAAAAUAAACUUUAUCGGGGUUGUCGUGUCUUGGAAUGCCUGUGGAUAUGAUUGUCGUUUUUCUCGUCAUCGAUUUCUUUAUCAUCUUAGUCGUACUUCUCUUUGUCUUUUGCAACACCAAAAACGAAAAAACGUCAGACUCUCCGUUCGGCGUUCCGUCGUACCAGGAGAUUGCGCGCAUCUGGAAGUACGCCCAGAUUGUGGCCGUGCCCCGUCAGGACAACUCGCGUCAGGUCGUGCCCGCAGAUUUCUUCAACACAUCAGCAGGCGACUGUGCAAAAUUCUCCAGCAAGUUGUAGUGGGAUUUUCAUCGUAGUUCGUCACAACAACACCGUGUACGAAAUAAAACGAAUCGCAGGAACGGACGGAAUCACAACUACUACGUCUACGACCUCCACUUCUGCUGCUCAAAAGAAGUAAACCAAAGGUGGUGCAGGAUGACUAACGAGCCACAUAAUUGUUACUGGCCGAACUUACGAGAGAAGCACUGCAGGCAGCAACCCGUUCUUUCAACUACAGUUAUAUGCAGUUCCACUUCUGCUUCAUCCACACGGCAACUUGCGACGAAAGUAUGCACAGCAGUGGCGCUUUUUUCCGAGUUCUACACUUGCGGCGCACUACUUCCAACUCUUCCGCGCACAAGUGUAAAAUAACGCGUUG